AUGGAACUCGACGGAGCAGUACUCGCACUGGCCGUCUCCGUCGCAGGCGUCACAGUCGCGCGAGAAGCGCAUGGCCAUUGCGCGCUCGCUGGUGAGGGGAAUCAGACCCAGGCGGUGGGCAAUGAACUCGUCGUUGAGGACCGAGGAGUUCACCUCGAUCUCAACCAGAUCGAUGGCGAUUGUGGGGACUUCGGCGAUCAUGACGCGGCGGAGUGCGUUGGCGAUACUGGCGUCAGUGUCGCGCAGCUCGAACUUCAUGAAGUCGUCCCUUACUGUCCGGAUUUUGAUCUUCGGGAACCUCUGUUUCCAUAA